AUGACAACCAUCUCAUGGCUCGUUCAGAUCUACUACAAUGUUAUUGUGGCACACACCCUUCUCUACCUCUUCGCAAGCUUCAACUCGCGCCUGCCUUGGUCAACCUGCGGCAACUGGUGGAAUGACCCCAUCACCUGUCUGGAUCAGACCAGUAAGAUUUUGCAUCAGCUUAAGUCAGGCAUGAGCAAAAAAGGCCAAUUUCUAAUCCAGUAA